GAAAGUCACGCCGUGGUUUUAUUCCAAGGUCUCCUGUUAUCUCUCCAGUUACCCAGAUACAGCAGAUUAAAAGGCUGGCGGUUCACAUAUAGUACCCUGCAAAGACGUUCAGAUCUCUAGCACACACGUUAUUCGGGUCUAGACCUAGAUCCAUCCAACGCGCUUUUACAGCUCGUGAAGACACAUCCGACUCCCUACCCUUCUGGUGCGGCAAUAUCUGCCAUUCAAGCUCUCAAGAUGUUCAGUGGCUCGAAGAAGCCGUACACGGCCGUCACAGUUCAAGUUGAUCAAUUGACCAGUGAACAAUACGAAGAAGACGAUAUCGGCGGCAUCUUCAACCUUGUCGAGGUGAUUCGCAUUCAAGAUUCAGGCCCUGCUGAGGCUGCAAGGGCACUAAGGAAGAAACUUAAAUAUGGCAGCCCGCACCGACAGAUCCGAGCACUUGUAAUUCUCGAUGGACUAAUUGAAAACGGUGGAACCAGAUUCCAACGAGCAUGCUCGGACGAGCCUCUGUUGGAGAGGCUUCGUCUGAUGGCAAGGGACGAUGGCGUUGAUCCGCAAGUGCGGAAGAAAUGCAAGGUGUUGUUCGUUCAGUGGGCCAACGCGUACAAAGGCAAGCCUGGCAUGGAACGCAUCGCCAAUCUGUACAAGGAGUUCCCCAAGACGCAACGACCAGAUGCCGCCCGUCAGAAGGUCCUGCGAGACAGCGAACCACUCGAUCCCGAUGCGCAGCCAGAUGCAUCUCCCUUUGCCGAAAGCAGUUCCAAGCCAUCUCCUAGCAAACCAAAGCCUGCACCGCCUGCUCCUAAGCCCGUCACGCCGGCUUCGCCUCCCAGUCGACCUGUUGCUUUGACAAACACAUCUAGUCUUACGUCGAAGCUCUUCCGGGACAAAAAGAGCGGGUCAAGUAAAACUUUCAAUUUGUCCAAGGAGAAGGACAACAUGACAACGGCAAUUGCGCAAGCAACAAUUGCUUCCACGAAUCUGCUCAAUGGUCUUCAAUUGGUCAACCGAGAGCAAGAAAAAUUGUCCGAGAAUGCUGAAGUCAUGCGCCGUUUUGAUGCUUGCAAAAACUUGCGCCGAAAGAUAUUGUACUACAUCCAACACGUCGAAUCAGACCAAUGGAUCGGAAGUCUCGUUAAUGCCAAUGAUGAGCUCGUGAAGGCUUUGACCGCCUUUGAGAUUAUGGAUCGAAGCAUCAGCGAUGAUAGCGAUAGCGACUGGCAGGAUGAUGGGGCACCGACGUCACCAAGAGAUGCUCACACUGCCAACAUCAAUCAAGGAAUGGCAAAGCUGGACGUACAUGAAGAGGCCAAGCCACCUCCACAGCCACAACGACCUGUGUCUAUCCCGAUGCCACCUGUUCCUACUUUCCACAAAACUCCGGUCGAGGACGACGACGAUCAGGACGACGCGGAAGACGAUGACAAUCCGUUUGGCGAUUCAAACGCAGUUCCGACACCGAUGGGAGAGCGCUCAGGUAUGACGUGGAAGGAAGUGUGAUGAUUUUCGAUAUCGCUUGCUUCAAGGGACGAAUCAACGGAUCGCAUCUGGCAUUCGGCAUCGGCUCAGAACUUCUCUCAUACAGACGCUGUUUGUGGGACAGUGCGGACGAGGCUGUGGAUAAUUACGAGAGGCACUGUUGGCUCAUCACGACGGAAACUUCUUCGCUGAUCAAAACCUGCAUUUCCUUGCUACAUAGGUCUAGCAUUCUCCUCGUAGCACAUUGAAAGUUAUGAGCCAAGAUGAAUUUCUCAUUGCCCUACAUCACGGUGCACGGAAUGCAGCAAAGCUCGCUACCAUGUAGUGUCAACGAGGAUACGCUAAGGACAAGUAUGAUGGUCUACGUACCAGGAGCAAUCCGGUCCACAGGGAAUCUCAAUGCAGCCUGGUUUGGGAGCCGGCUUCAUGGCUUUCGAUGGCUUAGCGAGAAGCGUAGAAGCCAUGGUUUGUUUGUGCUGGCACAUGUUGCUUUGUUUUAUCUCAAUAAAAGCUUCAC